AUGGCAGAACCUCAAAUGACGGAUAAUGAGACUACAAGGCCAGAAGAGUCAGAACUAGCAACUACAGUAAAGAAUCUAACAGAAGAAAAUGAAGCACUCUCACUAGCGCUUCAUCGUACUCGUCUUUCUGUGAAGAGACUUAGACUUGAAUACGGUGUCCUUCUUGAGAGGUUAGAAUCCAGGGUGCAUGCAGAUCAGAGUUUGAAGUAUGAUUCUCCAUUGCCUGAUCUUGAGUCCUUUAGGAAGUCGUUACUGGAGUCAAUGCCAGCCAGAACCCGUAAGAAGAAAGGGAAGAGCAAAGAUAAGAGAGAUCCUAAUCUACCCAAAAGACCUACCAACGCGUAUAUAUUAUUUUGCGAGAUGAAUAAGGACAAGGUGAAGGAGAUGAAUGAGAAUACGGAUAUGACGAGAUUGAUGGCUGAGAUAUGGAACGGGUUAGAUGAAGAAGCAAAAAAGCCCUACUACGAUCUAUAUAACGAAGGCAGACAAAAGUACGAGCAGGAAAUGUCAACAUAUUCCAAGAAAAAGGCUAGCCAGGAUACGGAAAAUAAUGAAUCCAGUAAUGCGAAUGAGAACGAGAAUGAGAAUGAGAAUGAGAACGAGAACGAGAAUGAAAAUGAGAACGACAAUGAGAACGACGCUAUGGACUUGGAUUCUGAUGUCACUCAACCGGAACCAGAUUUGGCUACUGAUCAGCCGGAUGAAGAUAUGGAAAGCGAACCAAAUAGCGAACUGUAA